UUGUGCAUCUGCUUUUAUUAGCACAACUGGUUUGAAUUUGCUUUACUGGCUGUUGCAGGUUGCCUGUCCUCCAGAUGGGAAUGCGUUUGCCUUGUUUUAAUCGCAGCUUCACCAGAGCCUGAAAUCUCUUUGCCCACUACAGAAAUGGUCAUGCUGUGGCUCACAGGUUGUAUACCAUUCUGGUUCAGAUGUUGGGAUAUUUGUAACCACGGUCGAUCUGGCUUUGAAGCUCUCUCCAGCAGGCUGGUUUAUUUACAAUCCGAGUGCUGGGAGGGGUGUGAUGGGACUUCGGUUUGACUAGAAUAUUGGGCGUUCCUUUAACAUAGAGAUUAAGCUUUAUAUGUGGAUUUGUGGAUGUCCUUGAAGCUUGGGUAGUGAAUGAGACUGUCUUUCUGUGAUGGAGAACAAUUAACUGAAUUUAAUUACAGUGUAAUCACUCACGGGAUAACGAUAGGCUAAGCAGCUCUUCCUUUCCUCUGCUGAAAUCUGCAUCUCUGAGAAUAAAUCCAAGGGCUACAGACUUUGGUGAUUGUCAUUCCUGAACACACUCUUCUGCUGGAAACUGUGUCUUAGUAGAUGGGUAGCAGGCAGUUUAUGAUUUAGAAAGAAAGGGCUGCGUUCCAUGCAAUUACAGCAAGAGCUCCUCUCGACCCGGAUAGCUGGCAGUGCCCCUUCUCCCACUGUAUUUCAGUUCUCUUUCAGCCAGCUUUUCCCAGUUUGGGGGAGCUCCUGUAUCUGUGAGCACUGGGACUCAUCCGGACCACUAUAAAUUUAUAGUCAGACAGUGGACACAACUCAGUACCGAUUUACUCAUCCGUCACUGUGGUGAAUCACACAAGUCUGAAAAUCUGCCAAGGUAUUGUGGUGCCAAGUGCUGGAGGUCUGCGAUGCCUUCUGGCAUGGAAGAUGCAAAGGAGAACAAUCCAGCGGAGUUGCUUUGUUGUGUAUUUGCACUGCAAGUUCGUCUUACUGAUGCUGGUGAAUGUUUUAGCUCCUGUUGUAUUCUGCAGGCCAUCCAUGCCCCGCAGUGCGCAGGGGUGGCAUCCGGCUCUCAGCAAAAGUGACUUAAACGGUCUCCUACCCUCUCUGCUACCGCGCUAACGCGGCUCACAACAGUGAAGCUGAGCCCCGAAGCCAGGAGGUUGUGUUUAAAACAGAAGUGAUAUUCAUCUGCCUUGUUAUUUCAGAACAAGUGGUUGCAUGGUUUACUGAGCUGGUUGAUUCUCUUUGUUCCUGCUGUUUGUUGUUACGGUCUCUUAGUAUGCAAACCCACUCCUUUUUUGGCUCAGUUUCUGCCUGGCUGCUUCAGGACCGAUGAGGUUCCCGCCAUGACAGCCACCACAGCACAUCCUUCUGCCUCUGCUGGAUGUAGAUGUGGCCGUGGGGCACAAAUGCUGUGAGACAAACGCUCGCGUGUGUGUGCACGAUAGGGAGGAUGCAAGUGAACUUGACUUUUGUGCGUGGUUUUCCUUUCACUGGCAUUUAGGAGGCACUUGACUGGAUUUCUGGGCUGUGUAGACCAGGCCUGUGGCUCCAUCUAGUGGGAUGUGAGAUGGGCCCUUGCUGCAGUCAAUCAUUUUCCAUCACGUGUUUGAAAGUGCCUUUCUGAUUGAUGUUUUUCCAUUUAUAAGUAAUUUCUUUGCAUCAUAUAUCCAGAACCACAUGCAUGUCCUGAGAAAUAUUUACUCUUCCAGUAUCCAACAAUGUUUGCAGAUUGUUUCUUAUAAUCAAACUUGCCUCUAAAUAUUUUAAAGCAUUUAAAAUAAGAUGAUUGACAAGCAGAGACACAGGAGCAAAGUUUGUCUUUAUUACAGUCAAUUAGCCUGUAUUUUUCAUGGAAUUGUGGAGUGGUUUGGUUUGGAAAGGACCUCAGAGCCCAUCCAGUGCCACCCCCUGCCAUGGGCAGGGACACCUCCCACUGGAUCAGGGGCUCCAAGCCCCAUCCAACCUGGCCUGGAACCCCUCCAGGGAUGGGGCAGCCCCCACUGCUCUGGGCACCCUGGGCCAGGGCCUCCCCACCCGCACAGCAAAACAUUUCUUCCUAAGAUCUCACUUAAAUCUCCCCUUUUCAGUUUGAAGCUGCUUCCUCUUGUCCUGUCCCUCCAUGCCCUUUCAAACAGUCUCUCUCCAGCUUCCCCGUCAUCACCUUUUGGUACUAGAAGGCAGCUUUUGAUGUUCUGUUGGGUUAUGGUUUGGAGUGGAUUUUAUUCCUUGUUUCCACACACAGUUCUUGCCAAGUGCAACUGAAAAGACUUUGUGCGGAAUGGCUUUGGCACAGUUUGUAGAACUAUCAGUUUCCUGGACGCUUUAGUGAGUGUUGGAGGUAAAUCAGGGAAACUGGACAUCCUGGCUUGAUUUUCAGCAUUUUGGAAUGUCUGCAACGGAAACUGGAGUUGCUGCUGUGGUGCCGAGCGGAUGGCUUGGUGUGGCUGCACUCAGAGAUGGUUCUGAGAAGAUAAUCCACUUAUUCCAUGAGGGAAAUGUCUCGAGCUGUGAAAGAAAUGGUCAUUAGUGAGAGCUGUCUGGUUUCUGUGGCUUGUAUGGCAGUCACUAAGAGCCUGGGGUUUCAGUAACAGAGGGCUUCCCCCCUCCCCUCCCCAUCACUGUUUUGUGUUUAUAGCCUCAGAAAACUGAGGAUAUUUUAAAAAUGAUGUUUUUCCAAAUUAGAGCAAGAAACAUCUAGUAGGGCGUUGGAUUAUAUUCGUGUCCUUACUGUAUGUCUGAAAAAUACUGUAAAGGUGAUUAAAACUGCAGCUGGAAAUAUCUAAGAGAAUUAGUGGUGAUGAAGAAGUUGUAACUGUCACCAGUCCAGAGCAGUUGAUGAUGAGGGCCACUGCAUGUUUAUUUCAUGUGAUGGUGGGUCACUGGAGGAUCGCCUUUCAUCCUUAGAGUGAAGAUAAAGAAAUGGUCAUUUGAGGUUCCAGGGAUCUUCUUGACUGAAUUGUAUUUGCGAUUAUAUCUGCUCUUCCUAAAUUCUUAUAUUAUUUCCCACUGUUUCCUCUCCCCCUCCCCUCAGAAAAGUACCUUGGCAUCCUUGACUUAUUUUCCCCCUCCCUUUGGUCUGACCCCCUCCCCAUUAGAGCUCCUGGUAGCUGCCAGCAGGAGGAACCUGAAAUUUCACUCUGGACUGACCUCCAGGUUGUGCCAGGGGAGGUUUAGAUUGGACACGAGGAAAAGUUUCUUCCUGACAGUGUGGUGAAGCCCUGGCAGAGGCUGCCCAGGGCAGUGGUGGGGUCUCAGUCCCUGGAAGUGCUCAGAAAGCCAUGCAGAUGUGAUGCUUUCGGACACGAUUUGGUCAGCACGAUGGCGUUGGGCUGACGGUUGGCCUGGAUGAGCUUGGAGGUCUUUAACAACCUUAUUGAUUCUAUGAUUCUCACAAGAGCCUCUGGUCAGGUAAUAAGUCCACGAGGGGGCGAGUUGAGGCUAGAACCUGCACCCCAUCCUCGGCGGAAGCUCCCCAGGCUGUGUCCGGUGGUUGCACUGACAAUGGAGCCCUUUGGCGAGUGCUGGCGCAGUGGUGUGGAGCAGCGGGAGCACCGGCGGUGCGGGGGGAAAGAGAUGCACGUGGAAGCCUGAACCGAUCGUCUGUUCAGAACAAAGUGCUGCAAGUUCUGCUUCUAACAGAGCUGAUUCUAACUCUCUGAGGGGCUGGGCAGGUCUGGCAAGGAAAGAGGUUUUGUCUGCACGCUGGGUACCUCCGUGUGUCGGGCAAGGAAGGAGAGCUGCCAGGCUGGAUAGGAAACCAGAACGUCUCAGGAUGCUGUGUUGUGUUUGAAAUCCUGUCCAGCUUUGCUCUUACAGGAGAAAACCUCAAACCUGCAAGUCAACCACUAACAAGCAAAUACAACGGAGAAGCAGCUCUGGCUGUCGCUGGAGCAAAACUAGGCUGUGAUGGGACACACUUGUAAUUCACUGGAGAAAAAGAGCACAUUUCCUCAGAGCUGGAUUGGAAAGCGUGGUCAGAGACAGUAUCUUGCUUAAAAAGAAGGACACCAGUGAGGCAAGGGGAGGCUGGGAGCCCAAGUGCAAUUUGAAUUGCUGGGCGCGGUUGUGGCAGCACCAUCGCAGCACUGCUCCUCUCGCUUGUGAGAUGGGGCUUGCAAAGCAACAAAGCAAAGCAGGCGAAGAGUAAAGCUCUUAAAAGUACUGGGUGCUCUCCCGAUGGAGUUAGACCCCUCUGGGUACCACUGGGGAUGAUUGGGACCAUAUCUAAGGACUUAAGUCCUGCAGAGCAUUCCUAUGAGACAAAAAGCAGCGAGGUGAAAACUGAUGUGUUCGAGCUCAGUCCUGCAAGAAGCACGUGGCAGAGAACCAGCCCCUGGACCCAGAACCCACUGUGACACGCUGGGAACCUCUGCAAAAAGAAGACUCUCUUUUCCCUUCUUCUCUAGACCCAAGCUAUGCCUUGUGCAGGAGGAAAGCUGGAAUAUACUAGCAGGAAUCGUGAGUUACAUCCACUAUCGAAGUUUGGUUGCCAUUUGUGCCAUAGCCAAAACGAACAGAGAGGCACUGCCUUAGUGCGAUGAAGAAAACAUCAAAUCAACCACUGGCUUGUAUCUCCUCAUCGGAUGUGGGAUCUGCAGUAUAAUGACUCCAGCAGGACAGGACUGAGGCUGUUGUGCACUGACUUUUGAUUUUACUUCAACCCGUACUUCUUUCCCUUUUUAUAAACUUUGUGAUUUCAAGGAUUGAAGGAAAUCUUGUUGGCAAAUUCAGCUAAGGAGCACAGCAGCAGAUUCAGCGAAGGCAUUGACAACCCAGAGGCUCCUAGAUGAGGUCCACUUAGGGUAUGCUACCGAGAGCUGACCCUAAUUUACUUCGGAUACUGGACAUAAUCCCAUUCAUGAUGUCCUGUUUGGGUACGAGCAGCAGGGAAAUAAGCCUGUAAUUUCAAGUGGAAACAAUCAGAAAUAUAAACAUUAUGAGACCAGGGCUCUCUGCUGAAGGAUUUAUCAGGAAGCCUGCUAGGAAUUCGCUGCCUUGGCGUGCGUUAUGGUCUGCUCAAUGCAGUCGUUAGCAGUAAAUUGAUAAAACUGGGAUGGUAGGGGUAAAGUAACACAUAGAUUCAUGAGCCCGGUUCCAAAGGUACCGCUGGGCCUGCACCUACAGUUAAGAUAAUUUAUAAUAUGGCAGUAGCCCAGAUUAUGCAGGAAAUGGAAACUGUGGUAUUGAUAUAGAACCAUUCUGUAGAAAUCAGGAAGUGAUAAAAAUAUUGCAUAAGAGGUCAGACAUAGCACGAGCCGCACUGACCUUGGGAGCCUCAGACUCUCCAGGUGCAGAGUAUAAAUGCUGAUGCUCUGCUUUAUUGGCAUCUCUGGACAAGAUGGGUACCACCAAGAACUUGCUGUGGUUAUUCCUCUUAAGUACAGCACUGCUGGAUGCCACCUCAGGUGCCUCCCUGAGCCUGGUGAACGGCAGCAACCGGUGUGAAGGGCGUGUAGAGAUCUACUACAACGGGGGCCGUGGCACUGUCUGUGAUGACUCCUGGGACCUGAAUGACGCCAACGUCGUGUGCAGGCAGCUGGGAUGUGGCUUUGCUGUUUCUGCAACAACAAAUGCCUACUUUGGCCAAGGCACUGGCCAGAUCUACCUGGACGAUGUGCACUGCACAGGGAGGGAGUCCUCCCUCUUCCAGUGCAGACACAGUGGCUGGGGCAUCCACAACUGUGGCCACCAUGAAGAUGCUGGUGUUGUGUGCUCAGAAACACCAACCACUACAGCUCCUACAACAGUACCUGUGACCGUUGAUUCGCAAGAGACCUCCAGCUUGACGGCCUCGGUGUCAGCGACCACAGAAACACCAACCACUACAGCUCCUACAACAGUACCUGUGACCGUUGAUUCGCAAGAGACCUCCAGCUUGACGGCCUCGGUGUCAGCGACCACAGAAACACCAACCACUACAGCUCCUACAACAGUACCUGUGACCGUUGAUUGUGUCAUCACUUGUGGUGGCUUGCAUCAGAGUUUGUCUGGCUACCUGCAGAGCCCGGGCUACCCCAACUCCUACCCCAACAACGCCCACUGCGUGUGGCGCAUCCGGCUGUGGAAGCGGCAUCACAGGAUCAGGCUGCGCUUUCUGAAUGUCGAACUGGAAGGCAACAGCUGCCAGUUCGACGCUAUUGAGGUGUACGAUGGCGCAUUCCCCAGGGGCUCAUUCCUUGGAAGCGUUUGUCGGAACAACCACAACUUCUUCGAGUCAUCCGGGCACCAGAUGACCAUCCUGUUUCGCAGUGACGGUAGUGUCACCCAGAGAGGCUUCCAAGCGCAUUACUCCUCAUAUCCCGCCUUCAGCAACACCACAGCACCAGAUAACUCCAACUCGACUCCGUCUCUGCCACCAACCACAGUGCAAGAAAACUCCAGCUUGACAGCCGCUGUGCCAGUGACCACAGAUGCCACAACCACAUCCAGCUCCGAGGUAUCUGUUCUUCCAGGUGCCUCCCUGAGCCUGGUGAACGGCAGCAACCGGUGUGAAGGGCGUGUAGAGAUCUACUACAACGGGGGCCGUGGCACUGUCUGUGAUGACUUCUGGGACCUGAAUGACGCCAACGUCGUGUGCAGGCAGCUGGGAUGUGGCUUUGCUGUUUCUGCAACAACAAAUGCCUACUUUGGCCAAGGCACUGGCCAGAUCUACCUGGACGAUGUGCACUGCACAGGGAGGGAGUCCUCCCUCUUCCAGUGCAGACACAGUGGCUGGGGCAUCCACAACUGUGACCACUAUGAAGAUGCUGGUGUUGUGUGCUCAGAAACACCAACCACUACAGCUCCUACAACAGUACCUGUGACCGUUGAUUCGCAAGAGACCUCCAGCUUGACGGCUUCGGUGUCAGCGACCCCAGAGAAUUAUUUCUGUGGUGGCUUGCUUUCCUCUCCAUCUGGGACACUACAGAGUCCAUUUUACCCCAGAAAUUAUCCAAACAAUGCCAAAUGUGUGUGGGAAAUACAAGUAAAGAGCAAUUUUCUUGUCACACUCACAUUUGGAGAUGUUCAGAUGGAGGGUGGCAGGUGCCUGUCUGACUACGUGGAGGUCUAUGAUGGGCCACUCUACACCUCUCCUCUGCUUGGGAAGUUCUGUUCUGGUUCCUAUCGCACAUACACGUCUUCCUCCAACCUUCUGACGGUCCAGUUCUACAGUAACUCUCGCUACACAUACAGAGGGUUUCAGGCUCAAUACUACUCCACCCCAGCAGAUCAGAGCAUUACUCUGCAGUGUCUGCCAGAUUACAUGCGUGCAGUUGUGAGCAGGUACUACCUUCAGUCACAUGGCUACUCUGCUCGGAAGCUCAGCUUGAACGACCCCACUUGCAAACCCAAUGUCACCUCGCAGUACGUCAUAUUUGACAUACCAUACAGCGCCUGCGGCACAGUGACCGAGGGGAACAACAACACAAUAAUCUAUUCCAACAUCAUCACAGGAUACAGUUCUGAUAGUGUAAUCACAAGAAAUAAAAAUCUUCUCUUGCAUGUCAAUUGCAAAAUGCUCCAGAACACCUGGGCUCAGAUAAUGUACGUGGCGGACAACAAUUUUGAAGUCACUGAAACUCAGUAUGCCCGAUACGAUGUAAACCUCACAUUCUAUCAUUCUGAGUCCUUCUCAUGGCCAGUCUAUGACUCGCCCUACUAUGUUGACAUCAACCAGAACUUGUUCCUUGAAGCUUACCUGCACAGCUCUGAUCCCAACCUGAUGUUAUUUGUGGACACAUGUGUGGCAUCUCCCACUCCCCACAACGUUACAACAGUGACCUAUGAUAUAAUCAGGAAUGGAUGUGUUCGAGAUCCUACCUACAAUACUUACUAUUCACACUACAGACACAGGGUCCGGUUUAAAUUCAAUGCCUUCCAGUUCAUUCGUAGCAAUCCGUUGGUUUACGUGCAGUGUGAACUAGUGGUGUGCAGGACCUAUGACUACUCUUCCAGAUGCUACCAAGGCUGCAUUACUCGGUCCAAGAGAGGGGCAAGUUCUGACCAAGAACUGGUGACUGUUGUCGCUGGCCCAAUAUUGCUUAGGGAAGCUGAUGCAGAGAAUAGGAAUGCAUGAGAUUUUAAAUAAAACUGUGUGUCCUUUAGCAGAGAGCAUCUUUAAACCCAGGUUAGUUCUGAAUGAAACUAUGCUUCUACUGAUGGAUUACCAGCAGCUCCUCAAUAAACCUUAGGAACAUGCUCACUGACUCUUGCCUAUCAACCCCACCUCACUUCACUUGUCUUUGCGUGUCACAAUGAUGCCAAUUCAGGAGCUCUGGGGGGCAGCUGAUGAGAAAGGGCACCGGCAGCUCUGUGGAACUCGUCUCUUCCCAAACUGCUUGCAGCUGCUGCGUCCAUAAAGCCAGUCAGAAAACAUCCCAGAUAAAUCUGCAAUCCCCAAGCUCUUUGUUUGUUGUUUGGUUUCUUAAUGCUAAAACCUAAAUGCUUAAUUUGUAGUUUUAAGUUCCAUAAACCAGCUCUACCAAUACAAUCCU